GAGAAUUCCAGACCUCAAGGUGCAAGACAGUUGGCACUCUCCGAUAUAACCGACUGGCCAGGAAUCGAAGCCGUUGCUAGAAGCUCGAACAAAGGAGAAACAGUGGACAGUGGCACUCUCAACAUACCCGACUGGCCAAGAAUCGAAGCCGUUGCUGAGUUUAGAGUGGCACUCUACCACAUAGCCGAAUGGCCAAGAAUCGAAGCCGUUGCUGAGUUUAGACUUUGGCCAAGAAUCGAAGCCGUUGCUGAGUUUAGACUACGUACUGGACACGAUUGCCUGGCAAAACACCUUCACAGAUAG